ACAUGGUGUCAGAAGUGUGCUCUCACAGCUCGACGGUAUUGAAUCACAACCGCGUGGCCUGUGAGUAUUGAACUGCAUCCUUCUUUAUCGACGGCAUCCUAAGUGUUUUGGAACUGCAUCCGUCUCUAUCUCGUGCAUCCUUUUGUCUUGCACUAUUUUGUUAAAAUGUCGUCUUCAUUGAGAGCUCCGGAACCCUUUUCUUUUGGGGCCAGUGAUUUGGCUGCCCAGUGGGGAAUUUGGCGUAAACAGUUUUCAUGGUACUUGGUGGCCACGAAUAGCGGCCUUAACGUGGAUGAAGAGCAAAUGGUGGGUGUGCUAAUCACUCUUCUUGGCAGUGAGGGCCUCAAAAUUUAUGAUACUUUUGUAUUCACCGAUGCUGCCGAUGCCAGAAAAAUUGAACCAGUUUUAGACAAGUUUACAGCACAUUUUGAGCCCCGGCGUAGUGAAGUGUUCGAACGUUUCAAAUUCUUGCGCCGUCAUCAACUUCCUGGGGAAACUUUAGACGCGUGGCUAAUUGAUCUCCGCGGUCUGGUAAAAACAUGUGGCUAUGGAACUGGUGUUGAUUCGGUCUUACGAGACCAAAUAGUGCUAGGUGUUGCUGAUCCUUUGGUCCGUGAGAAGCUACUGUUUGAAAAAGAUUUGUUACUGAACACGGCGUGUGAAAUUGUGCGUGCAUGUGAGUCAUCUAAAGCCCAGCUCAGCCAAAUCAACACAGCUUCGACGACAGAAACUGCUCACGCCAUGCAGAGUCGAUAUGGUAGCCGAAAGUUCGACAAAAAGCCGGAGUCGUCAAAUUCAUCAUUCAGAGCACCUGUCGGUAAGCAGCCAACAACAAGUCAACGCGCAGCCCAGGUGAACAAUCCGAUAGACGGCCAUCAAUACAUCAGGUGCAACAGUUGUGGUCGCUCUCAUAAGAAAAAUCAGUGUCGUGUCACCCAUGUCACGUGUCAUACGUGCGGGGUAGUUGGCCACGUUUCUAGUUGCUGCGGUAAUUUUUCAAACCCCCGCCAGAUGCCACCACGUCAAGCGACUAAUCCCGCGGCUUCAGUUCAUACAGUAGAAGAAGUAGAAGAUGGAUCGCAGUGGAUUGGCAAUAUUCAAAAUGGCGGUACAGCGAUGACUCUCCCACGUUCAGUUGGUGAAGAUUAUUAUGUCUCACAUGAGAUAACGUCGUCUAGCGGUGGAUCCGAGUGGUAUCAGCAGUUGUCGGUAGAUGGCGUUCUAGUAAAGUUCAAACUGGAUUCUGGUGCAACUUGUAACAUUCUUCCGUACGAGUCAUUCGAGCGUCUACCUACCAACCGCCGACAUCUCCGGCCUGGACCUGUAGUGCGCAGCUAUCGCUCAAAGGAUGGCCUACUAAAUGUGCUAGGAGUGCACACUGCAAAAGUCGUCCACAAAGGCGCUGUCUUCGUUGUGGAUUUUGUCGUCGUUGAUGAGCCAGGCCAGCCGCCCCUUUUUGGUCUCCCGUCUUGUCAAACGCUCAACCUGAUUGGUCGGAUUGACUCUCUACAGUCGACAGCCGACACUACGCUUCCCCCGGUGGUGGUGGAAUUCAUGGACGUCUUCAGGGGUUUAGUUGUCUGUGCUGCCAGCCGUCUUCCGUUUCGGCUAGAGGACAAAGUUUUCAAGAAACUGGAAGAAAUGGUUGGUGACGGAAUCAUCGUACCAGUGCACGAGCCAACCGACUGGGUCAGUCGGAUGAUGGUGGUGGGAAAGCCAAAUGGAGAUGUCCGAAUCUGUCUUGACCCAUCCGAGCUCAACAAGGCCAUACAACGUCAGCACUUUGCUGUGCCCACAGUCGAGCAACUCUUCAGCAAGUUGACAUCCUACCUGUGUACUAUGGCGACACCAAAAGGACGAUAUCGUUUCCUUCGACUGCCAUUCGGAUUGAAGUCAGCUCCCGAGAUUUAUCUGCAAACGAUGAACGACCUCUUCGGUGAUCUGCCUGGCGUGCUUAUCUACUUUGACGACUUUCUCGUGACGGGUGAAACAAAGGAAGAGCUUCUCACCAACCUCCGUCAAGUGUUUGUACGUUGCAGGCGGCACAAUUUAAAACUUCAGUUGAAAAAGUGUCGAUUCUUUCUCCAGGAGCUUCCGUGGCUAGGUCACGUCAUCGGCCAAGGAACCCUAAAGCCGGAUCCCAACAAGAUCACUGCCAUAGUUGAUAUGCCUGAUCCUACCUGUCCAGCAGAUCUAAUCCGCCUCCUGGGCAUGGUGACGUACCUGGACAAGUUUUGCCAAAACCUUGCUGGUCUGACAAGGCCACUACGAGACCUGCUUAAAGCGGAUGCUGCAUGGGUUUGGGAGGAGCCUCAACGGUUGAUCCUUGCCCAGCUUAAGACGGCCUUGACAUCGCUUCCUGUACUGCGCCUGUUUGACCACUCACUUCCGCUGGUCGUGUCGGUCGAUGCCUCUCCUGUCGGCAUUGGUGCGGUACUGCUUCAAGGUGGCCAGCCGAUCGCAUACUCGUCAACAUCCCUCACUGUGACGCAAAAGCGGUAUUUCCAGAUUGAAAAAGAGCUGUUGGCGGUCCAGUUCGGGCUCCUACGCUUCCGGCAAUACAUUUAUGGGCAAAUGGUUGUGGUGGAGUCUGACCACAAGCCACUGGUGGGUCUUCUGGACAAGCCAAUCGCGUCUUGCUCUCCUCGGAUCCAGCGGAUGCGUCUCCAACUCCAGCGGUUCGACUUCCAGCUUGUCUACAAGCCAGGCAAGGAGCUGUUCAUCGCUGACACACUCAGCCGAGCCCCGUCGCCCCUCCUUUUUUGUGAUGAUGUCACUCAAGACUGCGAGGAACAAGUACAUGCUGUUCUUAAUCUGGUCAUACCUGAAGAUUCCACUCGUGUUAAGUUCGCGGCGGCAACAGCGGCGGACCCGACUCUUCUCCUCAUCAAGGAAAUCCUCAUUCGUGGAUGGCCAGAACACAAAGCCCAGUGUCCAGUGGCCGCGAAGCCAUUCUGGUCAGUUCGUCAUCACCUAGCUGAGGUGGAUGGUCUUUUGCUCAACGGCAGUCGUCUGGUGGUUCCGGCUUCUCUUCGCCAAGAGGUCUUGGCCGGAAUUCAUGACGGCCAUUUUGGUGAGGUUAAGUGCGUCCUCCGCGCCAGGUCGGCAGUAUAUUGGCCUGGGUGCGAGGACCAAAUUCGGAAUGUGGUGGCCAGCUGCCCCACCUGCCAGGCUCAUCGUCACCGCAAUCCAGCUACACCUGUUCGUCCGGUGCCGUUGCCAGUUCAUCCCUUUCAGUGGGUGUCGGCGGACAUUUUUCUUCACGAUGGAGUAAACUAUCUUCUCGUCGUCGACGCUUACAGCAAGUGGCCAACAUGUGUGCCGUUGCGCACCUUAUCGUCCUCGUCGGUCAUCGCGGAAGUAGAGCGCAUUUUUAGCGACUUUGGGACUCCUGAAAUCAUCAAAUCGGAUAAUGGUUCGCAAUUCGACUGUGCUGAGUUUAGGGCAUUCUGUGACAGCCGCAACGUUCGCUCCGUCACGUCCAGCCCAACCUAUGCUCAAUCGAAUGGCCUGGUGGAGCGCCAUAUUCAAACGGUGAAAAUGACUCUCGUUAAAAUGUUUGAAGGCGGGCGUUCCCUUUGGGAGUCUUUGGCGGCCAUUCGGUCGACGCCUAUUUCAUCUGAUCUUCCGUCUCCGUCGGUGCUGCUACAGGGUCGUCAUCUCCGCGGAAAGCUGCCGUAUCUCCACAACCGUCUAGUGCCUCAGUUUGUGCCAGCCCCCUUUGUUCGUGAACAGCUUCAGCGCCGUCAGGCGUCCGCUUGUUUCUAUGGCGGAGGACGUCCUGAUGUUCGUGGGUCGGCGCUGAUCGUCGGCCAACAUGUUCGCGUUUUCAUCUCGGGCUUAUGGCUGCCAGGCUGGAUUGAGACUGUUUGCCCCGAACCUGACUCUUAUGUUGUCCGCUUGAGAGAUGGCAGGGUUUUUCGUCGCACGCGUCGUGACAUUAAUAUUGACAACGCGCAGUCGGCCGGAUUUGGUGGAGUGGCUACUAACCCCAACUCUGUGGCACGUGGAACUCGACAGGCAGUGCCCAUCCAUCGCCCCGCUUUUGCUGGCGGUCUGCUUCCGGUUUUGUCGUUGCCACUGCCUAUUCCUCCAGCGCCAGCGGUGCGCAAUCGGUUGGGUCCAGUCACUGCACGUCCGUCCGUUCAUCAGCCUUCGCUUCCUCCUGCCGGGGUGGCUCCACCCUCUAGUGUGCCUACUACACCAGGGUCCCGCUUGUCUCUGGAUCCACCCCGUCGAGCGAUGCCGGCCCCGCUGCCUUCAUCUGGCGUCGCGCUGCCAGCCGGCGUAAUUCAUAGCCCUAGUGCUACUCGUUCUGGCCGCCCUUAUUUGCGCCGUUUCUGAUAGGGUUCUGAUCUGUGUAUUGUCUGUUGCUGUCAGUCUCUUAUGUUAACUGUUCGUUUCUGUCCUGUCCCUGUCAUUAAUCAAUUGUCCUGUCUAUGGGUGAAUGUUGUUUUAAUGAUGUGAUCUGUUUGUAGUCAUUAUGCGAGGGGGGAGAUGUUAGAGUGUCUAGUGCUGACCGCUAGAUGCCACUCCACUCAGAGUGGUGUAUAUCCCCGCUAUGCAGAGCUUCCAAUACACAGUCUUACACACA